GCAUCCUGCCAAUAAAAUCAGUUCAGUUUGGAACACCUCAAUAGUUGAACGCAUUCUUUCUGUUUUCAUACGAAUUUCUUGCAAGUGCAUACAAAUGUAUGACCGGUCAUUUGUCAAAUUUGUUACAUUAGCCGCCAAAGUGCUUAUUUGCUUGUAGUAAAGCAUUGUGAUUAAAUUAAAGCACAUAAAUAAGUGCAUUUCAGUGUUGAAUUCAAGUUAAAAAAAAAAAAAAAAAGUUAUCCCUCAGCGGAACAAGGCUAUACUAUUUUGUUAUUGUAUUGAACUAAAAACGCUUGAAUGGUGGUAAUAAGAAGCGCCGAAUAUCCAAACCAGCUGUCAAAUUUACAAAGAGAGCGAAAUUGCUUACAAGACUUAUUAAAAAGUGACUUUACAGUUCAAAACGAUUUGAAUUUUGGUGAUAAGCGCAUUAUUUGUGAUCUGCUACUAAAAACUUGUGAAGACUGCACAAAAAUGGCCGCUUUGCCGCAAGGAGCAUUUGCCGCAUGUAAAUUGCGGGAAUUACGUGAUAGAGAUUUAUUGGUUGCUCGCUUGAAGAGUCAUACCGAGAGAGGGGAAGCCAAAAAUAUUAAUACCAAUAAGAAAUUGACUGAAUAUACGCCGGCCAAGUAUAAUGAUAAGUUGAUGAAUUCAAUUUGGGGCUUUUACAAUCGUUACUCCCCUCACAACAUAAAAGGCAACGAGUACGAAUCUACGCAGAAGGACUAUAUUAUGCAACAGCACAUUGCUGUUGCUUCCUAUGCCAUUGCUGAAGAGUUAGCAAUGGGCCUCCGCUCCGGCAAGGAGUGGGACUUACGUGAGAAGUGAAGGCAAUUUAUACAGUUAUUGUACAACAACUUACGAAAUUUUUUAUAUAUGCUGAAAUAUACACGUUUAUUAUUUUAUAUUUAUGAAUAUUCAAUUAUUCAAUGGCAAAAAAAUUAAUAAAAUUAAUAACAAAUGCAUUUAUAAAGAAAUAAAAUAAAAAUG